UUCUUCCUUAAACUACUGGGAUGCGUUUGAUUUUAAAAAAGGAACUUGCCGCUGCGAUGCCACUAACCAGCACGAGAGAACACCGCCCUCCCGGGAUAGGCGGGAUUGAAUUUUGAGCGGUCAAGGUUGCACGCAUGCGCAGACUGCAUUUCAGUCAGGAAGUAGGUAAUGUUUUGGUUUUGAGAGCUACACAGACAAAAAAAAAAAAAUCCCACAUGCAUGGCUUCAUUGACUGCCACUGUCAUAUCUCUGCUGGGGAUUUUGACAAGGACGUGGAAGAGGUGAUUGAGAAUUCAAAGAAGGCUGGCUUGCUGGCACUUUUGGCUGUGGCUGAGCAUGCUGGGGAAUUUACCAAAAUCAUUGAGCUGUCUCAGAGAUUUUCAGGUUUUAUUUUCCCCUGUUUGGGAGUCCAUCCUGUUCAGGAAGUUUCCCCAGAGCAACAGAGGAGCGCUUCUCUGCAGGACCUUGAUGCAGCUCUGCCCGUCAUAGAGAAAUACAGAGACCGGCUUGUCGCAGUUGGCGAGGUUGGCUUGGAUUUUACUCCCAGGUUCGUCAGCGGCGAGUCUGAUAAGGAGAGUCAAAAGCUGGUUCUCAUACGUCAAGCGCAGCUUGCCAAGGAGCUGGACCUCCCUCUAAAUGUUCAUUCAAGGUCUGCAGGACGACCCACCAUCCACCUCCUGAAGGAGCAAGGUGUCGAAAAAGCCCUUCUUCACGCUUUUGAUGGGAAGCCUUCUGUUGCAAUGGAGGGAGUGAAGGCUGGAUAUUUCUUCUCCAUCCCCCCAUCCAUAAUACGGAGCGAGCAGGUUACAGAUGAUGAGCUCAUAUUUUACACGGCCUUUAACAGAAAUAAUGUUUACACUGGAAUGUUUGCUGCAUUUCUCGCCAAGAAGCAGAAACUGGUGAAGCAGCUUCCUCUGGAGAACAUCUGUUUGGAAACCGAUUCGCCUGCUCUCGGCCCAGAGAAGCAGGUAAGAAAUGAGCCCCGAAACAUCUGCGUCUCUGCCGAGUACAUCAGUAAGGUCAAAGGCGUGUCGCUGGAGACAGUGAUGGAGGUGACGACCCAGAAUGCCCUGCGGCUCUUCUCCAAGCUCAAGUCUGCCAUCCGACCCUGACGGUCACGUCAGCAAUCCAGAAUAUUUUCUCAUAAGAUAAUUUCUUGUCAGAAUGUGUAUAUCACCACGUGAUUAAAAGCUUUUAAAAUUA